GAAGUCGGCGAGGCAGAAUUACAAGCUUGAACUUCCUUAUGGCAUGUUUCACCGAACAGCUCAGAACUUGCUAUCGUACUUUCUAACAUUUGUUGAGGGGCGCAAGCGGGGAAAAUAACAACGCGUACCUUUCUUGAAUGGAAUCAAACAGUCUGCUGGCAGAAAGUGCCGACGCACUCCACAGAGAUUACGGAUGCAGGUCGGCGAGACGACGUGACCCGACCGGGCGAACGUACGCGGUCACAUGUGCUUCGGGCAGUGUCAGUGGAAAAGCAGAUGAGGAGCUCUACAUCCAACGAGCUGUUGUUCUCAUUGAAGAUGCUAUUCAGUAUCGGUCUAUUAACCACCGGGUGGAUGCAAGCUCACUUCGUCUGUAUCGUUGGUACUACUCAAGGAUAUGCCAGUGGGGCUUAGGCCUGACGAUUGCGGUGGUGCUGUUUCUGGCAUUUGUGGAGCGCCCUUCUUCCCUUUCUGUCACCUCUGACCCUCGAUAUCGCUCUCCAGCCUGGGAGCCUCCUUGCGGCUUCACUGAGAGCUUUGAGAUCGUCUGUCUUUUCAUCUUUACGCUUGAUCUUGCUGUUAAGAGCUACUUGAUUGGCUGGGAUGAAUUCAGGAAGAACAAAUGGCUGAUUAGCUAUACCAUUGUAAUUUCCAUCUCCAUAAUUGAUUGGGUCUUGUCCAUCAGCAUGGUCUGUGAUGAGAAACUGAGAGUUCGACGACUUAUUCGACCAUUCUUCCUCUUGCAAAACUCAUCCCUGAUGAAAAAGACACUGAAGUGCAUCAAGAGAACGCUGCCAGAGAUUGCCAGUGUCAUUUUGCUGCUGGCGCUACACCUCUGUCUGUUUACUAUGAUUGGCAUGUUGUUGUUCCCUAAAACUGAGGAUCCACUUAAGAAUGAAGAGUGGAAAGUGUAUUUUCGAAACCUGCCUACUUCACUUACUUCCCUGCUGGUGCUGCUCACAACAGCAAACAAUCCAGAUGUGAUGAUCCCUGCCUACUCUCAAAACAGAGCUUAUGCUAUUUUCUUUGUGCCCUUCAGUGUAAUUGGAACUUAUUGCCUGAUGAACUUAAUGACAGCCAUUAUCUACAACCAGUUCAGGGGCUAUUUGCUAAUGUCAGUCCAAACAUCCAUAAUCAGAAGGCGUCUGGGAAUCCGAGCAGCCUUUCAAGUCCUUAGUUGUCAUGAAGUUGAGAAUGCUACUGGGGAGCGUGUGCCAGUUGAUGCUAUGCUGCAAGUGAUGUCCAGGAUCCAGAUGCAACGCUACUACAGAGAGGCCAUCACUUCGGAGAUGCGUCAGUAUGAAACUGAAGGCUUUAUGAAUAAAGAACAGUUCACACAGAUAUUUGAUGAACUGGAUAAAGACCGCAUAAAAGAGCACCCUUCCGUACCACAGUAUAACUCUGUAGUAUUGCAGAAGCUGCAGGUGAUCUCCAGCCACUACUAUUUUACAAUAUUUGGCAAUGUCGUGGCAUUGGCCAAUGUGGUGUGCAUAUGUACUGUGCUGGUAUUGAAUUCUGAGAAGUCCACAGCAGAGCGAGAUAACCAUUAUAUGGAGAUCAUCAACCUGUGUUUUAUCAUCUACUACCUGUUUGAAAUGUGUGUGAAGAUAUUUGCCUUGAGCUGGAAAGGGUACCUUUCCUACAGGAACAACAUCUUUGAUGGAUUCCUCACCAUCCUGCUACUGGUCCUGCAGAUACCUAUUUAUGUCAUCUACCGCCUUCCGUAUGUGCAUGUGAACCCAUCCUCUAAGGAAAUAUUUUCUCUGUGGGAGAUGGUCCGUUUUGUUAACAUGCUGAUUGUCUUCCGCUUUCUGCGCAUCAUACCAGAUAUCAAGCUAAUGGCUUUGGUUGCAAGUACCUUGUUGGACCUGGUGAAAAACCUAAGAGCCUUUGCAGGGAUACUGGUGGUGGUUUACUAUGUGUUUGCUGUGUUUGGCAUCUGGCUGUUUGAGGGGGCCAUUAAACCGCCAGCACAUAUGAGUGUUCCCUAUAAUACUUCCAUGGAAAACAUCACCUCUAACUUCAGCACUGACUGUGGUACCUAUGAACAGCUAGGCUACUGGCCAAACAAUUUUGAUGACUUUGCUGCGGCCAUCAUUUUGCUGUAUGAUGUCAUGAUAAUCAACAACUGGCAGGCCUUCAUGGAUGCAUAUACCAGAUACACCACUGAGUGGUCCAAAAUCUACUUUGUGUGUUGGUGGUUCACCUCUUCUGUCAUGUGGGUUAACUUGUUUGUGGCACUCAUCCUUGAGAACUUCACCUACAAGUGGGAUCGCAGUCACAGCUGCUCUGUUACAGAUGUGGAGAGGAUCAGAUAUGAAACAUCUGUUCAACUAAUUUUUAAAGAGCAAGUCAAGGAGCCAACAGAAGAAGAAUUGCUUUGUCAGCUACAACAGCACCCUCACCUACACUUACACUGGGGACACACGUGACACAACAUGUAACAUGCAAAGCCAUGGUAUUAUACUAAUUUGUUGUGUAGCAAUUCAUCAACAUUGCAAUUAUUAUAUGCCACUCAAAUAUUUUUUGGCCCAUAUUCCCGAGCCACAAUGUUUGACUGGAAACUGAAUAUGUUUCGGAAGGAUCCUGCUAAGAUACAAAAAAAUAUCGAAUGGAUAAAACAAGACAGAUGUGCUUACCCCAGGUGAAAAAUUCUUCGGGCAUUAAUAUUUUUGUAAUUAAAAAUUAUUUUACUGUAAAAAUAGUCGUGGCUUCAUGAUUUACGUUUCUCAGUCAUAUUUGACCCUGAUAAAGGGAGUUGCAAGAAAAACAUUUAAAAUCCACUUAAGUCUUGAAACAUUCCUUGAAUUGAAAAAGUGUACAGAAUAUUUUCUACAUAAAAGGACUGCUUCAAUUGUACAAAUAUUUGGCACAAUUGUAUUUUUGUACAUUGUAUUUAUAAAAUAGUUGUUCAGUGUGAGAAUGGUGGCAGCAUGAACAUCAUGGGCAAAUUUGUUAUUCUGAAGUGGUACUAUUUUAUUUUCCAUUUCCUGUAAUAUGUAUUCUGCUGCCCACACAAUCAUGUUCUUGUUUGUUGUUCAGUUUCCAUCCAUCCAUCCAUCCAUCCAUUUUCUAUACUGCUUAUCCUCAUUAGCGUCGCAGGUGUGCUGUAGCCUAUCCUAGCUCACUAGGAGAGACGAGCUCAUGGGCGAGAGGGAGAGACACCCUGGACUGUACGCCAACCAGUCAUGGGGCACAUAUAGACAAACAGAAUAAAACAACCAUUUACACUCACAUUCACACCAAAGGACAAUUUAGUCUUGAACAAGCUCAACAUGCAUGUUUUUGGAAUGUGGGGGUCCCAUGUUGUCUAUUCAGUUUUGUGUGUGUGUGUAUAUAUCUAUAUAUAUAUAUAUAUAUCUACUCUCUCUCUCUCUCUCUCUCUCUCUCUCUCUCUCUCUCUCUCUCUCUCUCUCUCUCUCUCUCUCUCUCUCUCUCUCUCUCUCUCUCUCUAUAUAUAUAUAG